AUGGCUCAGCAAGAAGAACAGAAAAAAUUGAGAAAGUAUGCUAUGCCUAAGGUGGAUGGGAUUAGCUCGAGCAUUCAAAGACCAAUAGUGCAGGCAAAUAAUUUUGAGAUCAAACCAUCCAUAAUUCAGAUGAUUCAGACAUCUGUUCAAUUUGGAGGCUUUCCAAAUGAUGAUCCCAACCAACACCUCGGUAAUUUUCUAGAGAUAUGUGACACUUUUAGGUUUAAUAGGGUGUCCGAUGAUGCAGUGAGAUUAAGGAUAUUUCCUUUUUCUCUUCAAGAUAAGGCUAAGAGUUGGUUGAGUUCGUUGCUGCAGGGAUCCAUUACUACUCGGGCUGAUUUGGCACAGAAAUUUUUGGCAAAAUUUUUUCCACCUGCAAAGACUACAAAGAUGAGGAAUGACAUUACCUCAUUCAUGCAACAAGAUUCAGAAACUUUGUAUGAGGCUUGGGAGAGGUACAAAGAGCUAUUACGACGAUGUCCACAUCAUGGUAUUCCCGAUUGGUUGCAGGUACAAACUUUUUAUAAUGGUUUAUUGGGACAUACGAGAGCAAUCAUAGAUGCUACUACAGGUGGAGCACUUAUGGAUAAGUCAUUUGAUUAUGCGUACACCUUACUUGAAGACAUGGCUGCCAAUAAUUAUCAAUGGAAUCCUAAUAGGACUCCUCAAAGAAGAACUGCAGGUGUUUAUGAAAUUGAUGCAAUAUUCGCCUUGACUGCUCAGGUACAUGGUUUGACUAAGCAAUUAGCUCAAAGUGGAAUUCAUACACCUCAAGAAACUGUGGCAUCAUGUGAUUUAUGUGAAGGAAAUCAUCUCAGAGAAAGGUGUGGAUUGAACACAGAGUUAGCACAAUAUGUUGGCAAUUAUACCAGGAAGUAUAAUAAUCCCAACUCGAAUUUCUAUAAUCCGAGUUGGAGAAAUCAUCCAAAUCUUUCAUAG